CCUUUCAUACGCGUCAGCUGACCUUCAUGUUUUUUUCUUUCUGUCUGCAGAGUGCCUAUCCUUGUUGAGUGAAGCCCUACCCUUAUCUCCGUCAUCUCCAACCAACCCACGGUGGUGCCAUGCCUCUGUCCAGGACAGGUGGAGUUCAAGCCCAGUCCAGGAGGCCUAUCCUGGGGCUCCGCCUUAGCCCCUCUGCCCUGCAUCUGCUGCUGCCUUUGAUUAUCCUGUUAACCAACCCUCUUAGCAUCUUGUGUGGAGAACUAGCUCCCCCAAAGUUCAACAAGAUUCCCACAGACCAGAUCGGAGUGUCAGGGGGUGUGGCAUCAUUUGUGUGCCAGGCCACUGGCAAUCCCAAGCCUGUCGUUUACUGGAACAAGAAGGGCAAGAAGGUCAACUCCCAGCGUAUCGAGGUGACCGUAGAGUUCGAUGAGGGUGCAGGUGCUGUGCUGAGGAUCCAACCGCUCAGAGCGCCCCGAGAUGAGAACAUCUACGAAUGUGUGGCACGCAACAGUGAAGGAGAGGUAUCCGUCACUGCAAAGCUGGCCAUUAUCAGAGAGGACCUGUUGCCACUUGGCUUCCCCAGUAUAGACAUGGGACCCCAGCUGAAGGUGGUGGAGCGGACAAAGACGGCGACCAUGCUGUGCGCUGCCAGCGGCAUCCCUGACCCGGAGAUCUCCUGGUUCAAAGACUUUCUGCCCGUCGAGCCCUUCAACAGCCAGGGUCGCAUCAAACAGCUCCGAUCAGGAGCAUUACAGAUCGAGAACAGCGAGGAAACGGACCAAGGGAAGUACGAGUGUGUGGCCACCAACUCUCGAGGCGUACGCUACUCCUCCCCUGCCAACCUGUAUGUGCGAGAGCUUCGAGAAGUGGCGACAGACACAUUGCGCCGUGUGCCCCCUCGUUUCUCCAUCCUCCCCUCCAACCAUGAGAUUAUGCCGGGAGGGAGCAUCAACAUCACCUGCGUGGCCGUGGGUUCGCCCAUGCCCUACGUCAAGUGGAUGCUGGGCAGCGAGGAUCUGACCCCAGAGGAUGAAAUGCCGAUUGGACGGAACGUGCUGGAGCUCAACGGGGUCCGGGAGUCAGCAAACUACACCUGUGUGGCCAUGAGCAGCCUGGGUAUCCUCGAGGCCACCGCUCAGGUCUUAGUAAAGACUUUGCCAAAGCCUCCCGGCACACCCAUAGUCACAGAGACCACCGCCACCAGUGUAACCAUCACAUGGGACUCAGGCAACCCAGACCCGGUCUCCUACUACAUCAUCCAGUACCGGGCCAAAGGGCCGGACAGCAAGUACGAGACAGUGGACAGCAUCACCACCACCCGCUACAGCAUCGGGGGACUGUACCCCAACACUGAAUAUGAAAUCAGAGUGUCAGCCUUCAAUAGCAUCGGCCAGGGCCCCCCCUCUACACGUGUGGAGGCUCGUACAGGAGAGCAGGCCCCAGCCAGUCCUCCCCGAAACGUCCAGGCCCAUAUUAUAUCUCCGAACACAGUGAUGGUCCGCUGGGAGGAGCCAGAGGAACCCAAUGGACAGGUGAAAGGAUAUCGCGUGUACUAUACCAUGGACCCGUCCCGAAUGAUGAGUGAGUGGCAGAUCCAUAACGUCCAGGACAGCUUGAUCACCACCAUUCAGAACCUGGUGACCUCAGAGACCUACACCAUCCAGGUCCUGGCCUUCACCUCAGUAGGGGACGGACCCUUCUCAGACCCCGUCCAUGUCAAAGUCAUGCCUGGAGUCCCAGGCCAACCGGGGAAGUUUAAAGUCGGUAAGGUGGCAGACACCAGCAUUGAGCUGACCUGGGAACCUGCUUACACAAAGGAGGGCAUUGUCAACUAUGAGCUGCUCUACAAACCUGUAAAGUUCGGCAGCUUGGAGAAGCUGACCUUUGGGCCGAGGAACUCAUACACGGUGGAGGGUCUGAAAGCCAACACUGAGUACUCCUUCUCCCUGGCCGCCAUCUCAAACAAAGGCAUCGGAGCGUUCACCAACGAGCUGGUGCAGAGGACAUCACAAGCCAAGCCUUCAGCUGCACCCGAGGGUGUGUCCUGCGAGAGUGCCAGCUCCACCUCGCUGAGAGUAAGUUGGCGGCCACCUCCACUGGAGGGUCAGAAUGGCGAGUUGGCAGGUUAUAUGCUGAGAUACCAGAGAGUCUCUGGAGCAGGAGGCGGAGGUCAGGGCCAGGGUGUCAAGGGGCUUCCUGUCCCGGCCUUGCAGGGGCAGACAGUGUUAGCGGGGCUGGAGAAGUGGAGCUGGUACAACGUUACCGUGGCAGCCUUCACUGCAGAGGGGACUGGACCCAAAAGCCCGGCUGUGAUCUGCAGAACUGAUGAGGACGUUCCCGGUGCAGCACCUCGUCAGGUGGAUGUCCAGCCGCUCAACGCCUCAGCGCUUCGAGUCUCAUGGCGGUCGGUGUUGCCACGGUUACGGCAAGGCCAGGUCCGUGGCUACCAGGUUCAUUUCAGCCGCUCAGAGAGCGGUGAAUCACGAACCCUUCCCCAAAUCAAAGACAUCCUAUUGGAUGAGUCUCAGAUGGAGGAGGAUGACUCGACUCAAUAUGAGCUGAUUUUAGGAGGCCUGAAAUCUGAGACUUUGUACUCCAUCUCAGUGGCAGCAUACACUACCAAAGGGGAUGGAGCACACAGCAAAACCAAGCUGGUGCAGACCCUGGGGAUUGUGCCCGGCCCCCCCUCUCUGUGGGUGCGUCCAGGAUCUGGUCCAACAGUGGUGGUGCGCUGGGCUCCUCCGGUGGAGUGCUCUGAGUCAUCCUCUGAUAGCCGGGGGGCCCCAGUGGUAAUCCAGGGCUACCGUCUACAGUUUGGCCUGAAGAACACCUCUUUAGACAACACAGUGGAUUUUACAAAUAAGGAGAAAAACUUCACUGUCAGAAACCUCUCCCCAGGGUCCACCUACGUCUUUGUCCUGUCUGCAAAGAGCCGAGCAGGUUACGGAGAUGUAGUGCAGCACGAGAUAACAGUUCCCGUAUUCCCCCCAGUGGGAUACCCCAAAAUACCUGACUUUGUUAAUGCCACUUGCUGCUCCCUCCACUUCUCCUGGCUGCCUCCUGCCCCAGAGGAGUGCAAUGGUGUCAUCACAGAGUACACCAUAUUGUACAAAGAGGCUGCAGGCCUCAAACCCUUUGCUGACCCUGUCCCGGCAGCCAUACCAGCCCCCACUGCUCCCCCAUGGCUUAUCACGCUACCAGCGAGUGAGUCCAGCUACACCAUCCUGGGCCUCAAUCACAGCACAGCCUACGAGGUGCAGCUCAGAGCUCACAACAAGGCAGGGCCAGGCCCUUUCAGCCCACCUCUGGUGAGCCGAACCCUGGCCUUUGAAACAGAUGUGCCGAGGAAUUUUUCAGUCAAUCUGGCCACGAAGACCAGUGUUCUUCUGACUUGGGAGUUUCCAGAGAGCAGCAACCCCUAUCGUUUUACUGUGGAGUAUAACCGACAGAAAAUGGAGGUGGACGCUCGUCUGAGAAAGGCAGUCAUUCCAAAUCUUCAGCCUGACACCAGUUACGACUUUAAGAUCACUGCUCCGGAGGGCAACAUGGGAGGCCUUCGCCACCGCAUCUCCGCCAAGACCUCGCCGCCAAUCACCAUCCGCCGCCCCGAGAUCGACCACACCCGCGACACUGAAACGACCGUCACCAUAAUCCUGCCCUCGCUGGAGACUCGCACUCCUGUCAAGAAUGUGUAUGUUGUUGUGGUGCCGCUGAAGAGAGCCCGCGGUGUCAUCAGACACCUCAAGAGCCCGGAUGAAAUGGACCUAGAGGAGUUAUUAAAAGACAUCAGUCAAAAGCAGAGGGAUUCUCGGCAGCAGAAGCAGGUGGACCUGCGGCGGGCUUACAUCACGGCCCGUUUCACACCUGCCACCCUACCGGCCUUCUUCACCCUGGGGGAUCAGCUGGACUAUGGAGGCUUUGAGAACCGAGCUCUAGAGCCGGGGCAGGAGUAUGUCUUCUUCAUCUUGGCUGAGCUCAACUCCACAACCGGGAAAAUGUAUGUGGCCAGCCCCUACACAGACCCCGUGAUUGCCCCAGAUUCAGACCCCCAGCCCCUGGACGCUGGUGAUGGUCUGAUCUGGGUGGUUGGACCCGUCCUGGCUGUGGUCUUCAUCAUCUGCAUUGUCAUCGCUAUCCUCCUUUACAAGAACAGCAAACCUGACAGCAAGCGCAAGGACUCUGAACCCGGAACCAAGAGCCUUUUGAACAACGCCGAGAUGAUGGCCCAUCACCCAACAGACCCUGUGGAGAUGAGACGCAUCAACUUCCAGACUCCCGGAAUGAUGAGCCAUCCUCCCAUCCCCAUCAGCGAGCUGGCUGAGCACAUAGAGCUGCUGAAGGCAAACGACAACCUGCGACUCUCCCAGGAGUACGAGUCCAUCGAUCCUAGUCAGCAAUUCACCUGGGAGCACUCUAACCUGGAGGUCAACAAGCCCAAAAACCGCUACGCUAACGUCAUAGCGUACGACCACACCAGAGUCAUCCUGGCUCCCAUAGAAGGUAUCCUGGGGAGCGACUAUCUCAACGCUAACUACAUUGACGGCUACAGGAAGCAGAAUGCCUACAUUGCUACCCAGGGGCCACUGGCGGAGACAUUCGGGGACUUUUGGAGGAUGGUGUGGGAGCAGAGGGCCGCCUCUGUGGUCAUGAUGACGCGUCUUGAGGAGAAGUCACGGAUAAAGUGUGACCAGUACUGGCCAAGUCGCGGCACAGAGACAUACGGGAUGAUCCAGGUCACCCUGCUGGACACAAUGGAGCUGGCCACAUUCUGUGUCCGCACCCUUUCCCUGCACAAGAGUGGCUGCAGUGAACGGCGAGAGGUGCGUCAGUUCCAGUUUACAGCCUGGCCAGAUCACGGUGUGCCAGAGUAUCCCACCCCCUUCCUCAACUUCCUCCGCAGGGUCAAAGCCUGCAACCCUCCGGACGCCGGACCUAUCAUCGCUCACUGCAGUGCUGGUGUUGGUCGCACCGGCUGUUUUAUUGUCAUCGAUGCCAUGCUGGAGCGCAUUCGACACGAACGCACUGUGGACAUCUACGGCCAUGUGACCCUAAUGCGCUCCCAGAGGAACUACAUGGUGCAGACGGAGGACCAAUACAGCUUCAUCCACGAGGCCCUGCUGGAGGCCGUGGCCUGCGGGAACACUGAGGUGGCCGCCAGGAGUCUGUACUCUUACAUGCAGAAGCUGUCCAAGGUGGAGCCUGGGGAGCACAUCACCGGCAUGGAGCUGGAGUUCAAGAUUGGGAACCAGUACAGUGGCCUUGGGACAUUAGCUAACCAGCGGCUGGCCAACACCAAAGCCCACACGUCCCGGUUUGUCACAGCCAACCUGCCUUGCAACAAAUUCAAGAACCGCCUGGUCAACAUCAUGCCCUAUGAAACCACCCGCGUCUGCCUCCAGCCAAUCAGAGGCCUGGAGGGCUCCGACUAUAUCAACGCCAGUUACAUAGACGGAUACAGGCAACAGAAAGGCUAUAUUGCCACCCAGGGUCCACUGGCUGAGACCACGGAGGAUUUCUGGAGGAUGCUGUGGGAACACAACUCCACUAUAGUGGUCAUGCUCACUAAACUGAGAGAAAUGGGACGGGUAGGGGAGAAGUGUCACCAGUACUGGCCCGCUGAGCGCUCGGCCAGGUACCAAUACUUUGUGGUGGACCCCAUGGCUGAGUACAACAUGCCUCAGUACAUCCUCCGGGAGUUCAAAGUUACAGAUGCCAGGGACGGCCAAUCACGGACAGUGCGUCAGUUCCAGUUCACCGAUUGGCCGGAGCAAGGUGUUCCCAAAUCGGGCGAGGGCUUCAUUGAUUUCAUUGGCCAAGUGCACAAAACCAAGGAGCAGUUUGGCCAGGAUGGACCAAUCAGCGUUCACUGCAGUGCUGGCGUGGGGCGGACAGGUGUCUUCAUCACUCUGAGUAUUGUCCUGGAGAGGAUGCGUUACGAAGGGGCAGUGGACAUCUUCCAGACUGUCAAAAUGCUGCGCACACAGAGACCCGCCAUGGUGCAGACUGAGGAUGAGUACCAGUUUUGCUACCAGGCUGCUCUGGAGUACCUGGGUAGCUUUGACCACUAUGCAACAUAAGUGAAGAGACGACCAUUCAUCCAUCUUUCUGCUUUGAGGUUCCACAAACAAAACCAACGAGCGAAACAAGAGAAAGAAGGCCUGAAAUACCGUGAACAUUGAAGCUUUUUCUGGAAGCAAGACUCAAAGAUGAAUUCUCCGCCAACAACAAAAACUGCAACAACAAAUCUGUCUAACAGCACCCACAGUCGUCGGGGGGUUCCCUGAGAAGCUGGAGACUCUCCAUGUGUAAUCCAUAUACUUACCUCAGUGUUCCAGUGUGAAGGUUGUAUAAUACAUGUGUGUUGUGGUCAGCUAUCUCCAAUAUGAACCAGUGAAAUACAAAUGGCUUCUGAACAGGAAUUAUGAUACUAUAUGUGUAUAAAAAUACAUAAAGAAAAAAAAAAGAGCCUGGAUAUUUGCUGCACCCUAAAUGGGCUUUUUAUCCUCAACUUUGUAUCUAUUGGUUCGGUGUACUAAAGGGGUUACGAAGUGCAAAGGUGAACAUUUCUAUUUGUCCGUGAGUCUAUUUCAAAGGUGUCUACUGCUGCCACUGGUGGCUCUGAUAAUCGUUUAAAUCAGAUGACUAGGUAAUGCCUCAGCAGAAGCCCACAGUAGGGCCUCGACGCCCUGAGGACUGUUGGAGAAGCAUGUGGAUGCUCAUUUACCCGUCGCACAGUGCCAAGAGAAACCACGCAGCGUGAACAGGAACUGUGGCCUAAGGAGAGAUAGCUCCCUCUUUUAUCCAGCGUCCCAUUAAGCCAGACUGGAGACCGCUCUAAACACACUGGCCAAGGAUCUGUUCACGCUCCCAAAUCCUGUCCUCACUGAGUACCAGCUGGCCUCAGAAUAGUGAUUAGAGCCUCAACUGAGCCGAGAUUUGUCGUCCACUGCAUUCUUCAUUAAACAAAAGCCCGCUUGCUAUUUGCUGUAUUCCUUGUUCAUCAUCCAGCUCAUCUCUUGAAGUCAGCCCUAUUGUGUCAGUUCAGCAGUGGCUUAUUAAAAGAGACGCUCCGAUGAAAGACUUGAGCUUCUGUCCCGUUUAAAAACCAGUUAUCAUCCCAUUUCUGCAGACGUGAUUUCUGUGUGUUUUUACUGUACGGCUUUGCCUUAUGCUGACAUAUUUCUUGUGUUUCAACAUGCUGCUUAAUGUCCAUGCGUUGUGUGCUAAACUUUUAUUCAUGUCAUACAGUAUCUUAAACCGAGGAUGACAGUUGUUUCCUAAUCAUCUUCCUCCUCUAGAGCUUACCUACUUGAAUUGCACGACUUUGCAGUUAAAACAGUCUGGUGUUUUACUAUUUAAGGCUACGGAACGUGAAAGAUAAUGAAAGAAAGCCAAAAAAAAACACAUUCAGCUUUAGUUGUGAUUUGCUCACUUUUAACAGUCCUCUCCCAACUUUCCAACCUUUAUAUAAACCAUUCAAAUUCUCUCUGUUCCUUAAUCCCACUGUACAGAACUUCCCAACUUUACCAAAUGAUAUUUCCCCUCUGUCUACUCCAGUAGAACUGCACAGGUCCGUGAUAUUGAGAUAUAUAUAUAUAUAUAUCUUUUCUUGAUUUGACAUAGAGUAUAAUCCUAAUUGGUCCCACUUGGUGAUUAAAGAGCACAGCGUUGUUCCAGUGUGUCAGACAUCUCGGGUGUUUUCACAGAUUUUGUACAUACAGUCUAUCCUUGGAGUCCUAAACAGUACAGUCGCAUACGUCUGAGCACAAGAUAUAACGUGGGAUUGGAUGUGAUGUAGUUCUUAUUGUCGCAGAAAAAAAAAGCCUUAUUGUUAUUGUUCAAUUUGUCAUAUUUAUUUCAUAUGAUUUUUUAAGAUAUUUAUUCUAUUUUGUUACUUUUUACGUUUCUUUGGAAUCUAUUUAUUUGGGAUAUCUACCAACUAUAACCAAUAAGAUGUUGUUUACUUGUUUCUUUGGCGAGCCAAUGUUAAAGUAUGAUAUUGUCACUGUUUUUUUUUUUUUUUUUAACGGUCAGUUUUGGUGCUUUUUUAUUUGCUUUAUUAUAAUAAAGUAUGCCCUCUGUGCAGGGUGCUAUUUGAUACUGAUAACUGAUGUCCGACUAGUUAGCUAGAGAUGUGCAUUAGAGGCAGACCUAGUUUACAGUGAUGCUGUAGUGAUGCCCCCCCCCACUUGACCUCCAUAGCAACAGCAGCGGUGUGAUCACAGCAACAGGUAUGGUCCAGCCCAAGGGCGUCAAAAACAUAAUUAGAUAUAUAGAGCAGACUUGUUGGUGAAAACCUCAGACAGGCUGUUGGUAUUUAUUUUGCUGGAAAGCACAUGGUAGCAAGUGUAUUUUUGACAGAGAAUGGCCCAGCUACACACACACCGUCAAAGGUUAUUGUUUGUAUCUGAAAUUAUUCUGAUAUGAAAUCUAUGUGUGGUCCAGAAGUCUUGACAGUGUGUGACAUAUAUCACAUAUGUUAUUCCUUUGAAUUUCUAAUGAUUAUUGUGUCGAGAGGAAUAUAAAAGGCACACACAUGAAACAAAAUAUGAAAUGUGUUUAGGGCCAGCUCUGAUGAUGCCCCCCCCCCCCCCCCUAACUUAUGUACCUGUUAUUUCCUUUCAAACCAUGGAUGUAGAUAUUGUAUCUUGACUUUGUAUUAAAAGCAGAAAGAUUGGAUAUACAGCACAA